AUGGAUGAGCUUCUGGCCAAGCAUCGCAAGGAGCAAAAGGACUUGCAAGGGCGCAUCACCCAGAAGAAAAAGGGCGCCACAAAGAAGACCCGCAAAGGUGUCAACGAUGAUUGCGAACGAAUGCAGCGUGAGCUCACCGAAAAGCAGCAAUUGGAGAUUGCCGAGCUGAACGGCGAGUCUACGGACCCGGCUGCCGCUCUCGAAGAUCUUAGCCUCGAGGAUCAGACGCCAGCUAAUGGCGAAUCGAAUGAGGACCAGACCGAUUCAGCCACGACACCUAUACCGCAAGCCCCUGAAUCGACUCCAGCAAAUGUUUCAGGCGAAUUAACUCCCCGUUCUAAGAAACCGAACCGCCAAAAGGCUCGCCUUGCCCGUCGUGCGGCUGAACAAGAGGCCGCUUCCGCCGCCGCCGCCGAAGAGGCCGCCAACCAAACGAAUUACAGAGGGAAUGAGCAGGAGGUGAUGAACGCUGUCUUCAAGAAACUUGGGCUAAAAGAAGUGGAAGUGACUCCGGAUGGUCACUGUCUCUACUCUGCAAUUGCCAAACAACUAGACGACUCCGGAGUCGGUUUGCGGCCGGACCCAAGCCGAAUCGUGCUCCAGCCGACCACGCAAUCACGGAUCGACACCGUCGCCUCACCACAGCAUGAUGGAUACCGCGCUGUCCGUGCCGUGACAGCUGACUUUAUCGUGGAGCACAAGGAGGAUUUUGAAGCCUUUAUGGAGGAACCGCUGGAUGUAUAUACACGGAAGAUCAAGCUCACGGCCGAAUGGGGCGGCCAGCUGGAGCUCCAGGCGAUUGCCCGGGCCUACGGCGUGGACAUCAACGUGGUACAAAGUGAUGGACGCAUGGAAAAAAUUGAGUGUGGCGACAUGGACAGCUUUGAGGAGGAGGAACAGCGCAAGCGUGUCGUCUGGCUCGCAUACUACCGGCAUUCUUACGGGCUCGGUGAGCAUUACAAUGCUCUGUUCAAGCAGCCGUGA